UAGACACUUUGACUGGAACGCCUCUGAAAACGCCUGCCGGGAAGCUCUGCGGAACGAUUGCUAGCUUGAACGGGCGGAGAGAGGGAGCAGCGACCCAGAACUGAAGGCCGUAAACUUCCGCGGGGAGCGAUGACAAGCUGCAAACGCCAUACGAUCCGUCCCUCCAGUCCGAGAACUAUGCGGCCCCUGAAGCAAACCAUCUUCGACGUCUCCCCAGGCUUAUAAGAGGCGCGCCAUUAUGUCGCGCGGCGUGACGACGCUUCUUCCCAUCAACCCACCGCUACAGCACCCGGUAUCGCCAUGAUGGGCCAUCCACCGCUCCUGCAGUCCGCUGCAGCAAAUCUCGCUCCUAGAGGGCGCCAAUCCCUCUCGACAUCAGAUCCCCCCGUCCGACAGCGCCAUACCGACGAUCUCAUAUCCCACCUGACUCCUCGAGCGGCUGUCGAUGCCUUCCGAAACCCAUCCGGUGCCUUGCGGGCGUGCAUGGAUGUUUCGACUCAAGCUGAGCAAGCAUUCGCCUUGCGAGCUGCGACAGCAUCCAAGAAUAUUCUAGAAUGGCUGGAAGAGCUCUCAGCAUGGCCAUGGCCUUCCGAUGAUAGUUCUGCCGGUUUUGAGAGGCCGCCCCCGAAGAGGAGGAAACUGUUCCACGACAAAGGCGCUUUGUCCCAAUCAAAGGGGGAGCUAGAAAACAAUUUGUAUGACGAGAGGACUUAUAUGGGGAGCCUCCUCGCCACUGAAGUCUCCAAGUACGAGAGACGGAUUGGCGAUAUCUGUCGGGAUAUGGAGGACCUCGAUGUCGAGGAGAUCAAAACUCACGUCUUGCACAACCAUAUCAUGCCCCUUUCUCGGCCGGGAACGCCCAUGUCGGAUUCGAAUCGCUCCGUAAUGUCGUCCUUAUCAGCCUACGCCCAUAUGAACGACCUCGCUGCGCUUAUCACCGCAACUAUCCUCCAGGCUCUGCCCAAUCUGUCUAGAUUGACGAGGCUGAUCAAUAUCUGGAGUGUCCGGCUGGCCGUUCUUCGAAAAAGCUCGGGUUUCCUAGCAGCCCUGGCCGAUGCCGAGGCUGCUCUGCAAUCCGGGUGGAACGCCAUGGACCUUGGUGCGAAGGGGAAAUCCCGAGAAGGAGAUAGUGACUCGACGCUGUCCAGAAACGACUUCAAUGUCAUGAAACUGGUCCUGGAACGAAAGGUGGCCAAGGCAGGCCAGUAUCUGGAUUACAUGCUGGACACUCUCGAGGGCAGAGAGGACACGCUGCCCGAGGACUGGAUCGACCGCAUGGAUGCCCUGGAGAGGGAGUACGGCGAAUGGGUUGCGGCAUGCGAGAGGAAAAUAAGAGAAUCCGAGUGGGCCAGACUCGAACGCGAGAACCGGGCUGCCAGAGCUUCCUCGCCUAUCGAUACAGACGCAGAAGACCAAACCCUUCGUGACCGGGAACACCAGGAGGAAGAUGUUUUGCAGCUAGCCGACGGUAGCCUCGCCAACUCGGGUGCCAAGCAGCAACAUGAUACGCCUAGUGUUGCUGGCUCCGUGACAACACUUGGCCCUGAGGUUGUCAUCAGAGUUCAUCCUGCUGAAGCAACCGAAAAUACCAGUCAUGGCCAUCAACACGAGGCUUAUAGUUCAUCAGAGGGUAGCACCACAGCAGCAGACAGAGCAGCAGACAGACAGGAGAGUCAUCUUUCCUCGCACCCGACAGUUGGGAGCUCACUUGAUCUGGACACGAACGACACGCAAAUAAACAUUGAGAAGCGUGGGUUGGCCAUCUCUGAUGGCUUCGAGGUGGUCAGGCCACUCGUCGAUGCACCUCUGUCUCCUGCCGGGACGUUGGAUACGUCUUGCCAACCAGACAGCACCCUCGAGGAUUCCGAUUUCCAACACCAAGGCCCAGAGCAGCGGGUGGCUGCCAGCGAUCCCGGCACACCGAUCGAAGAAGGCGUGGCUGGUGAGGAGAAUAUGAAUCUUCCCGAAGUCUCCGAGGAUUUUGACUCUGUGCUCGACAUGUCGCUAGACAUGGACGUCCCUGAGCCGGACUUGCCUACUAUUCCAAGGGAAAGACGAGGCAGCGAGGCCUCAAACACGUCGACCAUAAUUCAUGGCCCGCAGAGUAGGUUUAUGGACUUGUCUAGCGACUCCCCUGACCAUGGAACGCCGGAAAUUUCGCGGCUACGGAAUGUUGUCGUGGAGUCAGCCCCGAGCGACGAUAUGAGCCCACCUAGCUCCCCGCCAGAUUUUCGGUCGAGCACCAGGUCUCUUUCGGUCAGUUUCAACGAUAUACCUACCGUCGUUGAGCUGCCAUACGAAGAGAGCCCGCCGAGAACACCGAUGGACUUCUCCGCCAUUGACGAUGAAGAUCUGACUAGGGAGCCCGAGAGCCCAGCUAGCCCGAGCAAGAUGAGCACCGCCAGUGCAGAUGAACAUCUUCAGCAACAGAUUAGCGACAUAUUGGAGUCUAUUCCCGCAAAGAUCAGGCUCACCACCGCGCCUCCCGAAGUCAAUCUCAACCCACCCGACUUCACCAUGCCAUCGUCGCGCGGGAAGCCGUCGAGACCGGACCCGAUACCUAGGGGCCACUCGAGCAGAUCCACGAUAUCCUCUCGAGCAUCCUCCCGCGCAGGCACUCCUUCGUUCACCUUGGCCCCAGCGUAUGGCCGAAACCCGCGACCCCGGAUCCAGAGAGGUAGCAACCAGGAGAUCAAGCUCUACCACCUGUCCAGGUGCAACGGCGAAGCCCCAAUCAAGCUAUUCAUCCGCUGCGUGGGCGAGAACGAGCGGGUCAUGGUCCGAGUCGGCGGCGGAUGGGCAGACCUCGGCGAGUACCUGAAGGAGUACGCCACGCACCACGGGCGCCGGUCCGGCGGCGAGGGCAAGGUCGAGAUCAGAGACCUGCCCCGCGUCGUCGCCACGGGGAGCAGCCGCGCGGGCUCGAGCCCGCCCAGCCGGCCCGCCUCGGCGAUGGACGCCAGCUCGCCCGUCACGCCGCUCAACAUCCGGAAGACGCGCAAAAGCAUGGGCGAGGAGGGUGCCGUCAGGCUGCCCCUGCCCCGGACGCCGCUGGCCAACGCAACCACCACCACGCCCUCCUCCCCCUCAUCCUCCUCCUCCCCCUCCUCCUCCACGCAGCCGCCGGGGCCGGGGCCAGGGCCGGAAGCGGGCCCGUCCAACAACACGCCGUCGUCGGGGGCGUCGACGCGGUCGAGGUCGAGCUCGCGGCUCAGCUGGACCGAGGAGGACAGCUCGCUCGGCAUGGCGGGGCCCAAGGGCCGGAACGUGGAGAUGAGCGAGGAGAGCAAGGCGUGGGUCGAGAGCGUCAAGGAGAAGGUGCGCAUCGCCAGCGGCGAGCGCAAGGUCUCGGACCAGGUGUCGGACAACAGGUUCGGGGACAUGGGCAGGGUUGGGGCUACGAAGCGGCUGUUUAGGCGGCAGGGGGGGUGAUGGGGGGAUUUAUCACGAUCGUGGCGGGGGGGGAACACAUGGAAGCUAUGAAAAAAAAAUAUUACGUUUUCGUGGGCGAAGUGUGAGGUGAGGUGGUGGUUUACUGGACGGGAGGAUACAUCUAUGGCAUAUGAGCCAAGUCACAUUGCAUGACCAGAGGAGCAUCAUUUCCUCUUUUCUUUUUUUCCUUCUCUCUUUUUCUCUUCGUUCCAUUUUCGUCGUACCUGGAAGCUUGCGCAGCCACUACUUAUUUCUUCCAUUAUUCGAUUUUUUAUUUGUUACUUUCGCGUGGACGUUUAUCAUCAAAUACCCCGAGUUCUACUUCUGUCUGCUCUCUUAUCUGUCUUCAUCACGGUAGCAGCA